GUCUGGAGGAAAAGAGUUGCUGAAGCUGCUAUUGCAUCCAUGUUGGUUUGAGCCUUAUGUUGUCCUGUAAGAGAGAUCUAUAACAAGAAUGAGGCUGGUCAUUUUGGAUGAUUAUGCUCUUGCUAGUGAAUGGGCAGCAAAGUAUAUUUGUAACUGUAUCAUUCAGUUCAAUCCUGGUCCGGAUAAAUACUUUACAUUAGGUUUACCAACAGGCAGCACACCCCUGGGAUGCUACAAGAAACUGAUAGAGUAUCACAAGAGUGGGGAUCUGUCAUUCAAGUAUGUGAAAACUUUCAACAUGGAUGAGUAUGUUGGACUUCCCAGGGACCACCCCGAAAGCUACCAUUCAUACAUGUGGAACAAUUUCUUCAAACACAUCGAUAUUGACCCCAAUAACGCUCACAUCCUAGAUGGAAACGCGUCAGAUCUGCAAGCAGAGUGUGAAGAUUUCGAAAGGAAAAUCAAAGAAGCUGGAGGGAUUGAGCUGUUUGUAGGAGGUAUUGGCCCAGAUGGACACAUUGCAUUUAAUGAGCCUGGUUCCAGUUUGGUAUCAAGGACAAGAUUAAAGACUCUAGCUAUGGACACAAUUUUAGCUAAUGCUAAAUAUUUUGAUGGUGACCUCUCAAAGGUUCCAACCAUGGCACUGACAGUCGGCGUGGGAACAGUAAUGGAUGCCAAAGAGGUGAUGAUCCUUAUAACCGGUGCACACAAAGCCUUUGCCCUGUACAAGGCCAUAGAAGAAGGCGUAAACCACAUGUGGACCGUAUCUGCGUUCCAGCAGCACCCUCGCACUAUUUUCGUCUGCGACGAGGACGCCACCUUAGAGUUAAGAGUGAAAACGGUUAAAUAUUUUAAAGGUUUAAUGCAUGUGCACAACAGGCUUGUGGAUCCGCUGCUCAGCAUGAAGAAAAACUAAAGUGGAAUCGAUAGUGAAAUGCUGUGGGAACCAGCAAGCGAUGUAUUAAUGGCUAUGCAAUGUUACUGUAUAAACCUUUCAACUGUACAGUGCUAUCCAUUAUAUGCACUGGGCAAUUUAACAUUCCACCUAAUAUAUAUAUAUAGUCUUAUGGUUUAUUUCAGUUGUACUGUAAGAAUUUACACUGCAGCUCUGCAAGGGUUACCAGUCUGUGGGCUGCCUUGUAGAGACAACACCGAAAUACUCCCAAAAUACACAGCUCCUGCAUAUUUAUAUGCACCUAUAGCUGUUAUUUGUAGCCUUGUCAUCAGGGCAAUGUAUUGAAUCCCCAUGUUGUUUAGGUUCUUGAGUCCUGCUCAUAGAGACAUAACCCCUCACAUGUCCUGCUACAAUGCUUAUAUAUUUAAAGGGGUCGUUCACCUUUGAAUUAAAUUCUGAGACAAUUUGCAAUUGGUUUUCAUUUUUUAUUUUUUGUGGUUUUCGUGUUAUUUAGCUUUUUAUUCAGCAGCUCUCCAGUUUGCAAUGUCAGCAAUUUGGUUGCUAGGGUCCACAUUACCCUGGCAACCAUGCACUGAUUUGAACAAGAGACUGGAAUAUGAAUAGGAGAGGGCCUGAAUAGAAAGAGGAGUAAUAAAAAGUAGCAACAUUAAUAGAUUUGUAGCCUUACAGAGCAUUUGUUUUUUAGAUGGUCGCUGACCCCCGUUUCAAAGCUGGAAAGAGUCAGAAGAAGGCGGCAAAUAAUUGAAAAACUAUAUAUAUAUAUAUAUAUAUAUAUAAAAAAUAUAAUAAUGAAGACCAAUUAAAAGUUGCUUAGAAAUGGCCGAUAUACAAAAAAUUAACUCAGAGGUGAACCACCUGUUUAAUGCUAAACCAUACUUAAAGGGCAACUAAAGUCUAAAAUAGAAUAAUAUUAGAAAUGCUGUAUUAUGUAUACUAAAUAUAAACAUGAACUUACUGCACCAGCAGCCUAAUAAGACAAAUGAUUUAUGCUUUCAAAGUUGGCGCAGGGGGCUGUCAUCUUGUAACUUUGUUAGACAUUUCUGCAAUAUCAAGACUCGCACAUGCUCAGUGUGGUCUGGGCUUCAGUUGGGAGGUUAAGCUUAGGGAUCGUCAUAAAUUAUCAAAACAGCACAAGUCAAAUAAUAUCUGCCAUAGAAGCCAAUACAGCAAGACUGAUUAAUAAUCAUAAUAUAGAGACUACACUGCGUCUCUGGAUACAAAUCUCUACAGGGAAUCCAACAAUGCUGCUCGAGUUCUGGGAAGUAAGGUGGGGGGGCUCCCCCUGCCAUUUGAAAGUAUGAUCGUUUACCUGCACAGCAGUUGGGGACCAUCUGACAAUUCCUAUCAACAGCAGUAAAAGAAGGGGGAAUUGCACUGCAUAGUCAGGUUUAUGAUAAAAACUGUAGAUAUCUUUUAAAGUAUAUUGUAGAUAGAUUUCUUUUUCAUUAAAGAAAGUAAAAAUGGGAUUUUAUAUUUUUGCCUUUACAUGCCCUUUAAUUUGGUUCUCCUAAGAAAAGGUUACAUAUCCCUGGUCUAUAUGGCUGGAGAGACCGUUACUAUUCAUUUCAGUUCAUCAUCCUGUUAAUAACUUCUUAUAUACUGCAGCCCUUUGAGGGUGGUUGCGUAGUCUUGAUGGCUAUAAAGAGGGUUUUUUGUUUAACUGGUGCAGUAGAGUCCAAACUCCCGGCAGAGUAGCCUGUCCAUGCAACUGAUGCCAAACUGCUAAAUAUAGUCCCUGACAUAAAGUCACAUCUAAAAGGGACACUUUUCGAGGCUGGUCCAAGGCAAUGGGGUAUAUUUAUCAAAGAGUGAAGUUAGAGAUCUCCACAGUCCACUAGAGUGAAAGUCCGCCUCUCUCCAUUCAUUUCUAUGGAUUUUUGAGAAUCCAUGAAAGUUCAUCCUUUGAUAAAUACGCCUUUCAAAAUCCCAUAGAAAUGAAUGGAGAGUAGCGGAAUUUCACUCUAGAGGACUGUGGAGAUCUCUAACUUCACUCUUUAAAGGGCAUGUUAAGGCAAGAAGAUAAAUUCCCAUUUUUACUUUCUUUAAUGAAAAAGAAACCUAUUUCCAAUAUACUUUAAUUAAAAAAUGUGUAUCGUUUUUAUAAGAAACCUGACUGUAUGCAGUGAAAUUCUCCCUUCAUUUACUGCUGUGGAUAGGAAUUGUCAGACGGUCCCUAACUGCUGAGCAGGGAAACAAUCAUACUUAUGAACAGCAGGGGGAGCCCCCACCUUACUUCCCAGCCAUGCAGAACUCAAGCAGAUUUGUUUAUGACGAUCCCUAAGCAGCCCAGACCACACUGAGCAUGUGCACAGUCUUAGUCUUGCAAAGAUGUUUAACAAAGUUACAAGAUGGUGACCCCCUGUAGCCAACUUUGAAAGCAUAAAUUAUUUGUUUGAUUAGGCUUGUGGUGCAGUAAGUUCAUGUUUAUAUUUAGUAUACAAAAUACAGCAUUUCAUGCCUUAUUCUAUUUUAGACUUUACAUGCCCUUUAAUAAAUAUACCCCAAUUUCAGGCUUAUGUCACACAUAGAGUUAGGAUCCCUGCUCCUGAAUUGAGGCAGUCAAGAUCCCAAAGGUGGCCCUUAGUGCUGCCCGUUGAUGGCAAUGGCAAGUGUAGUAAAAUCCCUAUAAAAGUCCCCUAUGGCAUAAACUAUGGGCUGAACACCAUGCAUCAGGUUCUAACUCCUGGGAACGAAGAAAUGGUUUGUCUCAGACCAUGAAAUGGGACCAGUUCAAUUGAAACCAGUUUCAGUUAAUAAUACAAUUAUCCCUGUUUAAAAAUUCUAUUCUGUUCUUCUUGGGCCCAAACAGGUUUAUUUUUAGACUGUAAUGCUAUUUAUAGCUAAUAUAUAUUAUUUUCAUUAUUACAUGUUGGUUUCCCUUUAGUCGUGAGGCUUCAGUGACUGUUGAGAGGUAUAGCUUUGUAUUGUUUUAUCUGUUUACUCAUUAUAGCAUUUAGACACACGUCCUUCUCCCCGUAGGGAUAUUGCUGAAUAUAGCUAAGAUGGAAGAAAAAAGGGGUGUUUGGCAUAGAGAUUCCUCACUUGCCAGACUCACAUCUUGGAUUAGGGACAUGGAGAAUGAGAUGUUUGGCACAUCAUUUUUCACUUUCUUUUACAAAUGCCGCAUUCUCCAGCUGUGACUUGACUUAUAUUUUAUGUGCAUUUACAAAUGGCAGUUUUCUUAAAACAAUAUGUAUACUAAUAAACUGGCUGAUAUAAAAA